AAAAGUGCAAUUAUAAAUUAAUUGUUCGUACUUUUUCUAGUUGCAGUAAAGGCGUUGUCUGCCGCAGUUCUUUAACUGGUCUCGUACCCGUAGUCUUUCUACCAUGGAUAACGUUGUUUGGACACUGGUUUUCUUCCUUUCAUUGACGGCCGUUUCGUCGCAAGGAUUUUCGGCAAUGGAACCAAUCAUUAGUCCCACUGGAAGUGGGAACGGAUUCCACAGCGUAGCCAACUCAAACCCCAGUCCAAAUACACGUCCCAAUGGCGCCGGAGGAGCUCCGAACAAUCCUGCCAUGGAAACCGUUCAGAACCCUAACCGUUUUGGUAUGGCUCCGUUUUUAGGCCGACAGGGUGGGCCCGGAACAGAAUUUAACCGACCCUCGGAUAUCGGUAACCCGGAUCCCAAUACUCUGAUAAAUAGGAGACCCAGGCCUCAACAACCGCCCGUGGUUGUAAAAUUGCCACACAUGUGCCAUACAGCGAGUUGGAGUACAGAUACGAUGGUGGUAAUGCCAAUGCCUAUGUCGAGGAUGAAGACUGCCGUUGGAACACUGCCACUGAGAAGAGGAGUGGUGAUGCAACAAGGCAGGGGAAGUAUUCCCUUUUCUAUGGGACAGAUAAUGGCUAUGAAAAUGAGAAAUCAAAUGAUGUCCAUGGCAAGGCAUGGUUCAGCGGCAAUGUCAGAAAAUUCAAUGAAUACCAUGGGAGGAAAUAACAUGAUUCCAAUGGCUGAGCCCGUAAUGAACAUGCCGAACAUGAUGAAUGGCGCCAUGCCGAACAUGAUGAAUGGCGCCAUGCCGAACAUGAUGAAUGGAAUGGGUAAUGUGCCACAACCUGAACCGGUCAUGUCCGAAAUGAUGGCAACACCUGGACAAAAUAUGAUCGGUGUAGGUGCUGUGCCACAACCUCAACAAAACAUCAUGAAUGGUAUGGCACCAAUGCCAGAGCCAAACAUGAUGAAUGAAAUAUCGUCCAUGAAUAAACAAAUUAUGAUGAACGCUAUGCAACAACCUCGACCAAACAUAAUGACACCGAUGCCAGAACCGAACAUGAUGAAUGGAAUGACAUCAAUGGAUGGACAAAAUAUGUUGAACGGAAUGAGUGUUAUUGCACAACCUGCACAAAACAUGAUGAAUGCCCUUCCAAUGUCUGGGUCGGUAAACGGGGCGGGCGCUAUGCCACAACCUGAACCUCAUAUGAUGAAUGUAAUGAGCUCUACAUCAUCAGCAGGAACAAAUAUAAUGGGUAAUAUGGGAUCAAUGUCAAUGAUGUCUAUGUCACAAAAUGGCGGACCUUCACAACCAAAGAAUCAACAGCAAGUCGUCUGGGCGGCACCGUCUGCUAAUGUUAUGGUAGCAAUGUCUUAUCCAACGCCAAACAGAGGCACAAAUAUGCAGCGAGUAGCUAUAUACUGAUCGAGUAGCUAUAUACUGAUCUGAAAGAAAAGAGAGAAAAAACUUGUUUAACACAAUCCUUAGUUUGUCUUCCUGCUUCAAUAUAAGAUUUUGUUUGU